UUUGUUACUACACGAAGCCAUGACAAUCAGUUCUAAUCAUGGCGUCGGACUAAGUGGACAUUUAAAAUGUUAUUAAUACUGCUAAUCUCGAACAUAGUGUUUGUUGCGGUUAACGGCGACGAUUCAACGAAAAUUCACAAGCCGUACGUAGUACCCUUUCCUUUAGAAUUACCCACCCGAAACGAUCGUUCAGAUCAGUGCUGGCUGAGAAUCGAAGAUGCUGAAAUAACAGAAACUAUAACUGUGUACUGUCACAUAGCGCAAUCGUUUUUAAUCAAUUUCAUUCGUGAUUACAAUUCGCGGAAGAUGAUGGAAGAUACCGUAUAUGUUAGUCUCUGGAGCGAAGAUCCGAGACCACGUGAUAACAAUCUUGUUCCGAAUACCAGUGACGAUAGCAUUGUGGAUUGGAAGCUAACCACAAUUAUGGACCCAACGACGCAUCGGCGACUGUACGUAACGAAGAACGCCGAAUGCAAGCUCAUCAUGUACAGCCGCGAAGGAAUGACCAACUAUGAAGUUGAUUGCGAAAAAAUAUUAUAUUUCGUUAACGUUCGAAUGAAUAGCUCCACGACUAGUACCGGCAAUAAAAUAUCUGUGAUAACAUUCAUAGUUAUUCUAAUUAAUAGCUUAUGAAUAUUUAUAAUAAUGAGAGACUGUAAAAUAAUAAUUUAUUUAAAACAUUACUAGUAUAAGGAUAGUUGGCAAAUGUUACUUUUAAAAUUACAAGUAAGUAUAAUAUACUGAAUUAGUAGGAAGAAGAUUCAGUAUUCAAUAACAGGUCAAGUGACUGUGCAUAUAAUAACAUGAUUAAUCACGAAUCCAGUCAACUUUUUUUCCCAGAAAGCGUCAUUUAUUGAACCGGUAAAUAAAAUAGUAUUUCUAUAUGUUCAUCAUUUGCAAUAAGUUGUAUCGACAAUACGUUUCUUCGCCUUAUAUGUUUAUUUUUAUUAGGCAUUGUCAUAUUUACAGUUGUAACGAUACGAGACCAAAAAAGUCAAGCGAAAAUAUACGAGUACUUCAAACUCAUUUCAAACUUGCAACUUAAUUUUCAACCAUUUCCAAGCAACCCAAAAAUUUCGGACUCUAUCGGUACUGAUGAAUUGUCACCAGUAACGAAAGUGUCCAAUCAAUUUCAUGUUAAGCUUAUUCGCUUUAGUACAUUUAAUAAAAGCUUGUUUCUAAAAAA